AUGUCUGCAGGAAAAGUGACGGCUGUGAUCCUUUUUGCUUUAAUCUGCUGGGUAAGUUCUACUUCUGUACUAUAUGCACAUUGUAACUAUUUGGAGGUGCUUCUUUUAAGACGUUUAGUGAGGACAUACAUUAAGCAUGGCUGUAGGGUGCUAGACUGGGCUCUUUAUGUGGUGAGGGAUGGUAACUAUAAAAACGGCAUUUCUAUUACUUUUAGUCAUUUGUUUAAAAACUAGUAUGUUAUGCUAGAACAUGUGUUUUAGUGAUACACAAUGCAUUGCCCAUGUAAACUUGGGACUUGAGCUAGCCAUAACACUUUAAUUAUUAGAUGUGCUUUUGUAAAGAGGGUUAUGGAAUGCUAUGAGCAGGCUGAGGGUGGCAUGAGUGGUAAAUCUAUAAAAGCAUUUCAUUUUCUGACUGUACCUUUUCUCUGCAUUGCAGGUGUCCGAUGCCCAGGAAUGCAGUGGGGAAUGUCAGUGCCCACAGAGGGUCCCUGAGUGUGAUCCUGGAGUCAGCCUGGUACAAGAUGGCUGUGGAUGCUGCAAAGUGUGCGCCAAGCAGCUGGGUGAGCUGUGCACUGAGAAGGAUGUCUGUGACCCACACAAAGGACUCUUCUGUGACUUUGGAUCCAGGGUCAACAGGAAAAUCGGAGUGUGCACUGGUAAGUUUGUGCCCAAAUCUCCUUCCUAGCUAAACCAAUUUUACAGUUUAUAUUCUUCCAGGGAAGAGAACAGGUUAAUAAAUUACUCUAGAAUACUAGCUAUGUUAAAAUAGAAUAUAUAACAUCUGGUCACUCUCUCUCUCUCUCGGAAAAUUAUAAUUGGGCACAGCAGUAAUAACAUUUCAAUAAUAGCACUGCUAGAUACAGAUAAUCUUUGCUCAUGAGUCUAAUGGUAUAUUUUGUUUCUGUAUCUUUAGCAAAAGAAGGAGCACCCUGUGUAUUUGGAGGAACUGUGUACAGAAGUGGAGAAUCUUUUCAGAGCAGCUGCAAAUACCAGUGCACUUGUCUAGAUGGUGGUGUAGGAUGUGUGCCACUCUGCAGUAUUGAUAUCCGUCUGCCCAGCCCCGACUGCCCCUUGCCACGAAGAGUGAAACUCCCUGGCAAGUGCUGUGAAGAAUGGGUCUGUGAUCAGCCUAUGGAGAGAACCAUGGUCGGACCUGCUCUGCCUGGUAAGUUCUGGUUUAAAUCUCAGAAUUCCAUAUGUUGUUAUUUAAAAAAAAAAAAAAUAGCCAAAAAGUAAGCUUUAUGGGAACUACAAAAAUUAAUAAUAAUUGAUCUAUAUAGUAAAAUAUCACAUAAUACUGCAAAUGUAUGGUGACAUUCACAGCUGAUAAUGCAGAGCUGUUUUAUUAGGCAUUUUAGAGUUGAGGCAAUAAUUAACCCUUUGUCUAUCACAUAUUCUAUCUAGUGGCACUGUUCCCUGACAUUGAGAGGAAUAGUUGGAACCUUUAUACAUUUGUCUCGUCAUUAUUUUAUAUUUUAGAUCUAAUGUUCUGUUUAUUUUUCUGUUAUAGCUUUCAGAAUGGAAGAAACCUAUGGUCCUGACCCUUCUCUUAUCCGUGCCAACUGUUUGGUGCAGACUACUGAAUGGAGUGCCUGCUCAAAGACAUGCGGCAUGGGAAUCUCAACAAGAGUUACUAAUGACAAUGAGCACUGCAGACUGGAAAAACAGAGCAGACUCUGCAUGGUUAGACCUUGUGAGGCCGAUCUGGAGGAAAAUAUCAAGGUAAAUAGAUGUACAUAUUGGACUUACCAUCAUUAAUAGUAGAGUUUAAAAAUGUAACUAAUGUCAUGGCCAGAUUUUUUUUUUUAAUCCACCAUUUGCCAAUUUAAAUUUGUGCAAGAAAAAUGCAUCAGCCAUUUAUUAUUAAUCAUUUUCUGCUAUUGUUGGAAUAAUUAAAUAGUUUGCUGUUAUGCAAGGAGGCAUGUAAUUAUUUCAUAUAUUUAGGGCCAAGAAAAAAUGUAAGAACAUAGUGAUAAUUUGUUAAACUUACUUGCAUCUGCUGUGGUUGCUAUGGGAGGAGAGAAAAGACACCUCCUAUGGUAGGUCUUUUCUGCUCUCCAUUGUCAGAUACUCAGAGGCAUUAACUGACAGCAGGGAGGAAAACCUAUUUUAUAUUGGGUUUUUUCUCCUACCUAAUCUAUACAUUUACUAGCAAAACAGCUAGCAAAUGUAUAGAUAAAAUCAUAUUUUUAUUCUAAUGAGUUGUUUGGGGUAUGACAGGUACCCUUUAAGUACAUUAUCUAGAGUAAAAUGUAUAAUUGGAAUAGAGAAAGUGCUCAAAGGCCACAGCUAAACUGGUUAGAAUCAAAGAAAGCACCACAUAGACCAAUCAGCAUAAAUAUACUUUUAGCACUUUGGCAAAGAAUUGAACUUUAUAUUUAAAAAAAAACACUCCCAACUUUUUAAUGGAAUAAAGAAAUAACUUGUAUUCUUUUCUACUUUUACAGAAAGGGAAAAAGUGCAUCCGUACUCCUAAGAUCUCUAAACCAAUCAAAUUCGAGCUUUCCGGUUGCACCAGUGUAAAAACCUACAGGGCCAAGUUUUGUGGGGUUUGUACCGAUGGCCGUUGCUGCACUCCCCACAGAACAGCCACUCUUCCAGUAGAGUUCAAGUGUCCUGAUGGUGAGGUCAUGAAGAAGAAGAUGAUGUUCAUCAAGACCUGUGCAUGCCACUACAACUGUCCAGGGGACAAUGACAUCUUCGAGUCCAUGUACUACAGAAAAAUGUAUGGAGACAUGGCAUAGAGCAACAAAACCACCACAAUUUAAAGACUCUUGAACUUGAAAUGACUUUGCAACUCAUAAACAUAAUUUUAUAGCACAAGAACGUAUUUAAGAUUGUUUAAAGGAAAGACUUAACCAUUGAAUGACCCCAGCCGUUGGUUUGAAGAAAGGGAGACGAACCAGGCCACCGCAGCUAUGCUGGGUGUAAUAUAUCGUCAUCGUACGCACAAUAACACUGCACUUAGGCAGCAUUCACUGAGUAUGGUGAUGUAUGUUGCACCCAGACAUGCAACUGGAAAAAAAAGUUAUAUUUUUAUAUUCACUAUAUGAUGAACUGACAAUAAGUCAGUGAAAGCUGGAGUUCAUACCCUGGCUACUUUAAGGUUCUAAAGAGAAUUACAAUUGAAUACAAUUCUGUUUUAGUAACCCCAAAGUACACUUAUUGGGUGGAAUCAAAAAUGUGUCUGUUACAAGACUGGAAAGUUUGCAGUGUGUCUUUUUUGCAUGCUGCAACCUUACUUUUUAUUGGUAUUGUACAUAGUGUAUAUACAUUUUUGUACAGUUAUAUAAAUUAACUUAAUUUUGUUUUGUCAAUGUUUUUUUUUUUCAUUUUUAUAAUGCUUUAAUAUUUUGAUGUUACCCUGUUUUUAUUAUUGUUGUUAUUAUUAUUAUUAUUAUUGUUUGGUUCGCAGUAAGUUUAAAUGCUUAUUUGAGAAACCGUUCAAAGCAUGAAACAGAAUCUCAUGUGGAAAUAGUGCUCAGUUACAGAAAAAGGCAUUUCAAGCAACUCCAUAUUGUUCCAUAUGUUAUGAGUAGCUAGGCUGUAUUGAUUGCACUGGAAACAUUGUAUUACCUGAAUUUUAACUGUUUGAGAGCCAAGGAAGAGCAAUUAUUUAUGGCUCUCCCUAACUCCAAUUUGUAAGGCUUUCAGAGAGUUAAACACUUUCAAAUAAUCAAGAGAUUGAUAUUCUGGAACUGAUCAAAAGAUUUGUCCCGAGCAUUUGUUUCUUUCUUUGACUAUGACUAUUUCUGUUAUUCAACAGUUUCGUUGUGUGUUUCGACGUGUGACCAAAUGGUACAUGUUUGCACUUUUCUAGAUGAAAAAUAAAAUAUUUUAUUUUUUAUACAAACCAUCUGUGUUUUCAAUUUCAUUCACUCCAGAAUAUUAAGCCAGCUAGGUCAUCUGUCUAGACUUAGCUGCAAAGGUUUCAAGGUAAACAAUAAUUCUCCAUAUCCAGUUCAGACUAUCACUUACAUGUACAAUAACAUCACUAUUACAAGCAGCAGGAACCCAUUCGUGGCCAGUACAGUAUACACACAAAACUAUCUAAACAUAAGCCCAAGGGCCAGAUGUAACCCACGGUAUCUAUCCUGUGGCCUCCAGGUUGCCUGGGAAUAACAGAUCCAUAAUAUGAUAUGUUGACAUGCUCAACUGCUAUACAGAGUCCUGCCUAAUCUCAUGUGCUGUUUGGCCCUCAUCCUGCCUGAGAUAUUCCAAUAAGAGAGUGCUAAAGACACACUGUAGGGUAUUUAGUAGACCUUUAUUAUGCCAAAUAAAAAGAGCAACAACAUUUCAAUACUCAUGAGUGUUGCUUGGAGAUAUUAAAAAAAUAAAUACUCUGCUGAUGUAGUGAAACAGACAUCUAGUACAAAUCUUACAGUAUGCCUGGACACUCGCUCUUAAAUUAGGUCACUAUUUAUAUUAAUAAUGUAUUUAUAAAAUGUCACCAUAUUCCACAAAGUUGUUUACUGUGUGGGGGUGGGUGAAAUACAGGAGCAAGAGUUGAUGAGGCUCUGCCCAAAGGGGCUUACGUUCUACUGAUAAUAAAUUAAUUUAUAAAGCACCUACAUAUUCCAUAAUCCUGGUUCAAUUUUAUAACAUCAGUUUUUUAUUAGGUCUGAUCCAUCAGCAGUUAACCCUUUUUAGUGCCAAAAGAGUGGAUAGUGCUUUCCUAUGAAAUAAAAUGGGUUUGAAGUUUAAAUUGUGCACCACACCCAAGGAAAAAUGCAGACAGCACUGCCGAGCAAACCUAGGCUGCCCAAAUCCUUGGAGAAUAGGAUCAGAGUUCCUACAAUAAUCAGUACUAAGAAAAAUGCACUUUCUGGCUCUGCAGAAUAUAUUUGUCUUAUGUCCCCUGUUCCCAUUUAAAUUGGCCAAUUAUGGAUGCCUUACAGAAAAUCCACUUAAUAUUUAAGCCAGGUAUUUCCCUGACGUUUAUGGAAUAAUAAAACCAAUCAUGAUUAUUUUUCAGCUCCAAACAAGUCCAUGAUUACACAGUCUUACUGCUUCUAAUGUCAGAUAAUCCCUGCAAUUGUCCACAGAGCCUUUUUCUUAUGAAUACCUUAUACUGUAGCUGUUUAUCUCGGGUAGUUAAUAGGUAUGUAGGUACCGUUUAAUGAAGUAGUACACAAUUUAAGCUUUGUUAUUCCAAGAAGGUUAAAAAAACGUAUCUAUAUUAAUCAAGUGUAUAAUAGCGGUUUAUCACUGUAAAUUAAACUGUAUUAAAUGUUAUAUUUAUUCUUACCAAGUAACAUAUGAUUGUUGUGAGAAACUGCUACUCCCUCUAUAAAACAGCUGUUCCAAAUUCCAAGCCUAAAUAUACCCGAAUAAUGGAUUAACUGAACUGUGCAAUGCUGAACAUGUUUCGGGGAUCAAUAUUCUAAAUUCCGCCCAUGGUGCCAAAAGAGAUGAUUAAUAGAUAACAACGAUGAUUGAUGGCAAGAGGACAGUCACAAAUUUUAAUUUUGAUGAUAUAUAUAUAUAUGUAUAUUAUAAUUAUAAUUUUAAUACAUAUAUAAUAUAUAAAUAUAGAGAGAUUUUUUUUCCCCCCUCUGUUGGUUAUUUUUUUCUCAGUUCAUCUGUGAACCAAAUUGCAGGAACAUUUUCCUAUCAGUGUACUGCAAAGAAUAUCCAUAACAUAUCCAUAUAUAUAUUUCCUGGCCAUAUCCAUGGCAGCACAACAAUGGGUAGCUUCUCCUAUCCCUAAAUAGACAGGAACUUUCUAAUUAAAAGAAGGGUAUAAAUGCUCCCACCCAUCCCUUCCCCCUCAGUCUUGUAAACAGCAAAAAAUCCGGGUGACAUAUUUGUGCUGUCAUUUGUUCCGGUCCUAUCCCUAGGACAUACUUGGUCAAUUUUGACUAACAUUUUUUUUAUAGCUUACAUGAGGAUUAUUACCCCCUGGUCCCUUGGGAGUUCAGCCUCUCUCCCUUGGGAAGUCUUCAGUACACGGCCCUCCGCAAAGGUGACCCCCUGGAGAACACCCCUUAGUGACUUAUAAACUUGCAGUAACCAAUGGGGUAGCAAGAUUGGCCUGGCCCAUCGGAUUGCAGUGACCCAAAGGGUAGUAAUAUAGCAGGCGAACAUGGAGGUAUUGGAAUUAAUCUCAUAGGAAGAAAGAAGGUAUUUCAAAUAUAUAACAUCCUUUUCUUGAGCAUCAUACAUCUUAUGUCUAAUUUACGUUAUUCAUUCCCUCUUGCCUCUUUAUUCAUUUCAUUUCUGUAAUCUCUGCAUCCUUUCCGGUAUCAGCGUUCCUAUCGGAACGCCGCUCUCACACUUUUAAAUUAUUUCUAUUGUUUGUCCACAAUCAGUUCGUAUUUCUUGUGGACUGCUCAUGCGUGGACUGUCUUGUUCGCAAGUGCGCGUUCAUUCACAGAGGUUUGUGUUACAAGCGUGCCCGCUAGUACUAUACCUGUUCUGUUUGCGUGGGCGUGUUCGUUUUCUUUUGACGCAAAACCUUUCACUUCUUUGCUGCAAAAUCACUGCAUGUGUUGUGCGCAUGCGCGAAUCUUUAGGCGCGCAUGUAGCCCCCGUAUUCAUAACAUCACUGUAAACUCCUUUUAAAGGUGCCAAUAUCAAGAAUUACUGUCCCAGGCAUUUGGAUCAAUAGCUGUUGUUCUGCAUAGAGAUUCCAGUUUAUUUUGCUGCUGUUGGUUUUUUGGUUUGAUCCAGGUAUGUUUUCUUUGUUAAGGAGAUAUUCUCCCUUUAUUUUGGAAUGUCAUGUUUGAAAUUCUAAUUCUGACUUAUAUCUUGAAGAUGGAGAAAGUCAGAUCCCGCUUCAGAGUGUCGCACUCCUCCACACAUAAUAGGUCACAGUCUAAGGCAUAUAGGUAAGCCAUGUUUUUUCUCGCUAGCACAUCGUUCCAUAUAUCUUCAUAUAAAUAAGAGUGCAUACUAAUGCCUCCCCCUUUAUGACAGUUCUAUAGGGAGAAGAGAAUCACAAGCGUCCAAAGGGAAUUCGCCCAGAAGGACACAAUGUGAAGCCUGCAAUAAACGGGCGAUGGAAGGAAAACGCCUUUGUGCAGAUUGCCUUUCACAAGCUGCAGGACCAUCUCAUUCAGCUCUGGAUAUUAUGAUAUUUGUCAAGCAGGCCAUCUCACAAGGGAUCAAAGAUGCUUGUCAGUCCCGUAAGAGGCCUAGGUAUCCAGACCCUCACUUUUCCAAAGAGGAUUCAGUUGAUGAGUCUAUGGAAUUUGCAUCCUACAGAGAUGUUGCUUCAUCUUUUGAGGAAUAAAUACAACCUGUCCCGGAGUUCAUUGAACCCGGCGGAAGUUGAUCACCUGAUCUCUAGAGUCCGUAAAGUUUUUUGAAAGACACUCAGGGAGAAGAACCUUCUACCUUCAGCCAUUUCUUCUCAGACCUCAGGAGAAAGAAAGCUUCCUUUCCCAUCCAGGACACCAUAAAGGGCCUAAUCAAGGAGGAAUGGUCCAACUCUGAGAAAAGAUUUGCUAUGCGAGAUUUUCUCGUCUCUAUCCUAUCCACAGUUAGGACAGUCAGUUGUGAUUCAGCCCCCAAAGUGGACGCUGCGGUAGUCAGACUGGCCAAGCAUACUUCUCUCCCGGUGGAUGACGCACGCUCUUUCAAAGAUUCUAUGGACAGAAAAAUGGAUGGCAAUCUCUUAAAGGCAUAUGUGGCAGCAGGUACCGGCCUUCACCCAGCCGUAGCCCUGACCUCAGUUACUAGAGGCUUGAAACUAUGGAUGGAUAAUCUAGAAGAAGAUAUUAGAGAUGGCAGAAACAAAUCUUCUAUUUUAGAUAGCCUUAAAUAUAUGAAAUUGGUUCUGGGUUUCUCCUCUGAAGCUGCAGUAGAUAUAGUUAGAUCCUUUUUCAAGAACCUGUUGUUUUUGGUGAUCGCUAGAAGAUCGCUCUAUCUUAGACCAUGGUUUGCAAACCUUCAUACAAGAAUAGUCUGUUGCUCUUCCCUUCCAUGUUGACAUGCACUUUUGAUAGAAAAUUGGAUGAUUGCAUAAAGAGAGUGGGAGACGGUAGAAAAGCCUUUUUGCCUCAGGAUCAAAGAACAAAGUCUUCUUUCCGCUCCAGGAGAGCUUCUGAGGGUUAUUCCUUUCGUGACAAGAGAUUAUAUAGACCCAGGAAAGAAUUCGGUAGAUCUCAAGCUUGGAGGAGUGGCCGCUCAGGUUACAGAAGAGGUAAAUCAAGAGGUACUACAACUUCCAAAAGCACAAGAAACUUAUGAGGGGGUUCUCUCAAUGCCUAUCAGGCUUCAAGGGUACCGGUACCUGGGGGUCUUAAGGCACAUUCCAAUAGAUCCAUUUCUGGGCAGCAGCGGCUAACGUCCCACUUGCUCCUGUUCCAAGAUUCAUGGUAGGAAUCCACCAAAGACAGAUGCUCCUAUUCCAAGAGGCAUGGUAGGAAUCCACCAAGGACAGAUGGGUACUGGAUAUAAUCCGAAGUGGAUCCCUCAUAGAAUUUGCCGAAAAUCUUCCUCGACAUUCCUUCCAGUACACAAAAGGGCCGGGGACACAGACAAAAUUCUAGCUUUGAAAGAAUUAAUUGUCUCCCUUCAAAAAAAAGGAGUUAUAUCGUGAGUUCCAAGGUCAGAAGAAUGCCAAGGGUUCUACUCUCACCUAUUCCUGACCAAGAAAGCUUCAGGAGGUUGGCGUCCAAUUCUGGAUUUGCACAGACUGAAUCUGUACUUGAAAAUUCAAUAAUUCAAGAUGAAAUCUAUCCAGUCAAUAAUAAAAGAAGUAUUUCAAGGCCAAUGGUUAAUGUUUAUAGAUUUAUUAGACGCAUACUUUCAUAUUCCUAUUGGGCCACCUCAUCCAAGAUUUCUGAGAUUUGCUAAAGAGAAGGGCCAUUUCCAAUUCCGGGCUCUCCCCUUCAGACUAUGUGCAGCUCCAAGAACAUUUACGAAAGUUCUGGUCAUCCUGAUUGCAGAUAUAAGGAAACAGGGUAUCGCUAUUUACCAUUAUUUAGACGAUAUUAUAAUCGUGGCAGAUGACAAACUAACCUUACAAGUUAACGGCCAGAUAUGUCUACAAUUCCUACAAAAACAUGGUUAGAAGAUCAACUUUACAAAGAGCCAUCUGUCUCCUUCCUAGACCAUGGUUUACCUAUUCAACACCAAAACAGGCAAGGCCCAGCUGUCCCUAGAGAGAAUUUCGAAACUAACAAAGAAAGUAAAAGAGAUGUUGGCAUCCAGAGUGACUCCAGCAAGGAAGGCCAUGAGUCUCCUGAGUUCCAUUUCAUCCACCAUAGGCCUAAAAAGGUGGCCUCAGUGGAGGAUGAGGAUAUUUCAGGCCAAUUUCCUUCACCAGUUCUCUUCAGGGAAUCCCCAACAACCCAUCAAAAUCCCCUCUGCUGUUCACCAGUCUCUCCUCUGGUGGUUGCACAAACCCUCCCUUUCCAAAGGGUUUCCUCUGGGAGAAGUGACAUGGCAAGUAAUUACGACAGAUGCCAGCCAUUGGGGCUGGGGAGCCCAUUAUCAAGACACUUUUGCCCAAGGGAAAUGGAGAUUCGCAGCCACCAAUUCUCCUUCCAAUCUCCUGGAACUUCUGGCUGUUCUGGAAACAUUGGAGCACUUCUCCUCCCAGACCUUAUACCAGUGGGUAAAGAUGAGGCCAGACAAUGAUGCAGUGGUUGCCUACAUCAAUUACCAGGGAGGAACCAGGAGUCAUCAGAUGAUGAGAAUUAUGAGACAACUCAUGUCCUGGACUCAGACCCACCUUGCAGGGUUUAGAGCAGUCCACCUUCCGGGAAUACAAAACUCAGUUGCAGAUUAUCUCAGCAAAGUGCAGAUACAUCCUGGCAAAUGGAGCCCUUCAGACGAAGUAUUUCAGAUCAUUGUGAAGAAAUAGGGUUUUCUCCAAAUAGAUCUCAUGGCAACAAGGAACCAACAGGAAGGUCCAGCUGUUCAUCACACAAACCAAUGAUCCCCAAGCUCUAGCAAGAGACGCUCUAUUGUGCAUAUGGCUUUUCAGCCUGGGGUAUGUGUUCCCUCCAUUUCCUCUCAUCUUUCCUGUUCUAUGGAGAAUAAGGAGAGAAAAACCCUCCAUUAUCCUAAUAGCUCCAUUCUGGCCUCGCAGACUGUGGUUCCCUCUCCUCAGGAACCUUUGCAAGGAACCUCCUCUAGAGCUGCCAAAAGUCCCAUACCUUUUACAUCAAGUUCCCAUUCUCCAUCCGAGUCCAGCAUCCCUCAACCUGAUGGCAUGGAAAUGAGACUGGCAGAUAAAGGUUUCUAGCAAGCAGUAAUUAAUACUCUUCUGCAGGCAAGAAAAAGAUCUACAUCUAUGACUUACUAUAAGGGUUGGGACGUGUUUUCCUUGUGGGCUUUAUCUAAAAGUAUUGAUGUUCAAAAGCCUUCUACAAAGCAUAUUUUGGAUUUUCUGCAAUCGGGCAUUGACAAGGGAUUAAGCUACAACACCUUAAAGGUCCAUGUUUCAGCUCUAUCUGCCCUUACGGACCAUGAGUGGGCAUUUGAUAUGGAUGUAACUAGAUUCCUCACAGCGGUAUUGAAAUCUUUUUGUCCUCCAUGGGAUUUGCCCUUGGUCCUGAAAGCAUUAAAGACUCAACCGUUUGAACCUUUGGAGUCCAUUUCUCUUCACCUACUUUCCAUAAAGACGGCACUACUGGUGGCCUUAACAUCAGGCAGAAGAGUUUCAGAGCUUCAUGCUCUGUCUGCCGGGGAACCUUUUACUAUCUUCCACAAGGAUAGGGUUAUUCUACGCACUGUUCCAGAAUUCCGACCCAAAGUAACUUCCUCCUUCCUCACUAGCGAGGAAAUUGUUCUUCCAUCCUUUCUUUCAGAAUCCCUCUCCGAGGAGGAAGCCUCAGUUUUCUAUUCUUUGGAUCUAGUCAGAUGUCUUCAGACUUACCUCAACAGAACUUCCCCUUGGAGACUCUUUGUGAUACCUGCCAGGGCCAGGAAAGGUGCAAUGGCCUCUAAAGCAACAAUUAUCAGGUGGAUUACCUCAGCAAUUGUGAAUGCCUAUCAGGCUUCAAGGGCACCUGAGGGUCUUAAGGCACAUUCCACUAGAUCCAUUUCAUCUUCCUGGGCAGCAGCGGCUAACGUCCCCAGAGCUAAUCUGCAGAGCAGCAACUUGGUCCUCUGCUAACACCUUCAUAAGACAUUACCAGUUAGAUGUCAAAGCUGGUCAGUUUGACCAAUUUGGUAAAAGCGUUCUUUCAGCUAAGGUGUCUUGCAUUCAUGCCUACCUGGAACUGAUGCUCAUGUUGUUUGUUGUGAUAAUACACUUUUUGCAUUGGAUUUCUUCUGGUGUCUGAUUUUUUUUCUCUCCCUCCCAUGAUUAUUGCUGGGGUAUUCCCCGUUUUUGUGCUGCCAUGGAUAUGGCCAGGAAAGGGGAAAAUGUUUUUUAUGUUAAAAACGUGGUACUAAACUCAUCCUAUUGUUCUUGUAAGUUUUCAUAAGUGUCUCAUUUAUUAUUAAAUCUCGCCCUCAUAUAAUAUUGGAAUUUGUUGGCGCUAUAUAAAUGCCAAUAAUAAUAAUAUUUUUGAACACAUUGUAGACUUUUUGCCCAGACUUGCCUUUCUGCAAAAUGAGUUCUGGAUACUUCUGCAUGAACAUCCGUACUAGUUCUAGUUGCUGUUAUAGCUAUGGUGAAAAUUCCAGAAAUCUAGAUGGCUUGAGUUUUCUCUCCUUACAAUCAUUAAUUAGUUAAUGACACUUUAAAGGGUAUAGGCAAAUAAAAAAACUCACAGGCAACGUUUCGACCUGACUAGAGGUCUUUAUCGUGUUGGGAUUGCUGGUCCUGCUCCAGGGCACCCGUAGCCGUUGGGAAUGAGUGCGGUUCCUGUCAUCAACUUUACUUUUAAGGGUAUAGUCACAAAACAAUGAAUUGUAGUUUAUUAAAAUCAAAUGGUAAAAUUUAGGCUGAAAUUGACAAUUUGUAAAAACAACUGAGCUGGAGAUUUUUUGUCCGAAAUUUGCUUACAUUUUGCUAUUUGGUUAUGAAAUCACUGAAAUUUGGUGUUUAGUGGAUAAAUCUUUAAGCAUCAGGAAUCUGUUUCUGUGAUGGCAAAGAUCUCUUUUGCAUUGCAUCACGAGUGCUAUUUUAUUUAUUUUCUUCCUAAAAGAGGGCAUUUGAUAGAACAACAUACUGUGGUUCUCUCAGCCAGUGGGAUGAUGGAUAUUAAGAGAAAAGUAUUUUUAAAAUAUAGAAAACAUUCUUUCCAGUAGAGUGCCAGCUGAGGGCGGUGGGAGCUGUCUGUGACAUUGACAGUAUGCGUGUGACUGUGUGUGACUAUUUGUGAGUACUUGUGACUGUAUGUAUGUGAAAAGCUGUAUGAUUUAUUUGACUGUGUGCAUGUGACUGUGUGUCUGUGAUGUUAUGUAACUGUGUCUGUGUGUUACUGUGUGUAUUGGUAUACAUGUAAAUAUGUGUUUAAUUGUGCGAUUAUGUUGUGACAGUGUAUGAUUAUGUAUAAAGUAGAAAAGCUUCAGACACUCACAAGGUUCAAUUGAGUCGGUUUUACUGGAACACAAAAAUGCUACAGGGCAAUGUUUAACCUUCACCAAGGUCUUCGUCAAACUUGAUAAAAUCUAUCACAUUAACAGUCGAAUCUUAUUGCAGGUGAAAAAUAUAACCAAUAUUUUUUAGAACUCGCAACAUAAAUGCAUGCAUUUGUAUCAUCACACCUGGCCAACUGCAGUACCCUACGUAAGGAUCUUACAGACAUGUCCUUAUAGUGCAAAAUUCUGAGGCCAAGCUGCUAAUUUAUCGUACAAGUGAAACUCAUUUUGUGUUCUUUGCAUCAAUCACCAGUUACAUUUUGGAAAUGUUACAAACCUGACUUGCUGACUUCAUCCCACUUUUUUUUUAGUUAUUUUGGUAAUUACAUCAAAUGGUACCAUAACUAAACCUAAAUAACAUUUUGCUCCAUAAUGCACAAACUCUGUAAAACUCUCUCUCCUGUGAAAUCAAAGAAGCUCUAGUACUCUUGGCUGAGUAGUGGGGCACAUCAUUUAUGUCUUUCAUCAGAUUGGAUACUGUCCUUCUUGAGUUCUGGUAAACCCUUUAACUUGCAUUGUAUUCCAUACCAGCAUUUAAUUUGUCUCCUUAAAUGAGUAAAAUCUUUUUAUCUUCAAAGAGAAUAACUUGUUCCAUGCAUGCAUCCAGUAAACAUACUGCAAUAUCUAUGUAUAAAAAUAUACACAAUUAAACCAGGACAAGAGCUAGAGUUACCUCUUAAGAAAAUAAAUAUGGUAACAAAUUAAACGGAAAAUCAUUUGCCUGAAAUACUUGAAUCAUAAUGUAUACACUGAACACAAGGGUUAGGUUAAGCCACAGACUCCUAUUGUGUUUGGAUGCUGCUCCAUUGCUGUGUACUGGGUUUGAUACUCUUAAUAAUUAUUGCUCUUGAAAACUGGUGGCUAACCUUUUAAAUAUUGUGUGCUGAAAAUAAACUUUGAGGUGGCAUUCCGGAACAACUGGUUAGGUUUCUUCAUAUUUUCUAAUGCGUCUUUGUGGUGUAUCUAUAACACAAUAAAAUAUGAAGCUAAUUAUUACUGGCCAAAAUCUGCAAUCUGAAAAUGCUCUUCUAAUACCAUGUAAUCCUUUGCAUCCGAUCUGGCAAUAGGAUAUUCUGCAAAAAAUAAAAGGAGAGCUUUUCGGUUUUGGUUGAUGAUAACAAAUGUAUUUAUUAUUAUAAAACUAUACAUACACUGACAUUACUAAAUAUUUACUCCUUUAAUAUGUAAAUGCGCAUCAUACAAUUGUGUUUCAGCAAGUAAGAUGGUAGUCCUGUGUAGCAGAAUGCAAAGUAAAAUUAACCUUGAAACUUUGGGUGACCAGGAAAAAAAGAUAUUCGGAAAGUACAGAUUGUUUAGUGGACUGUCAGCCUGUAUAUACCUCCCAAUAUCCAGAGGUCCAAGAAAUGUGUCGCCCCAAAAAUGGGGAUGUUUUCCUUAUAUUGGAUUCAGAUGCAAAAGCACUGAUUUUAAUCGGGACACUGAAUGCAGUUCCUUAUAUCAAACUCCCCUGUCCUAAGUGACUUGCUUGCAAUGCAUUAUGCCAUGAUACAUGAGGAUGUCUUUCAUCACCCGUACAAUGGCAAGAAAUACAUAAUCAAAGAUUUUGUCACCUAUAACAUCUAUAGCAUAUCUCCUUAAAUUCCCUUUAGGUAUGGUGUCCCUGGGAGCCACUACGCAAAAAAUCAGUUAGGAGUUAUUUGACUUGCCAAUACCUGCACAUUUUAUAGAACACAAACAGAACAUCUUCCAAUUAAACGUUCAAAUAAUAGAAUACGUACCAGAAGCAAGAAAAGGGAGUACAGAGUAAAAAAAAUGUAACCUUCCUGAAGCCUUUUGGAUGUUUAUUUCUAUGUGUUUAGAUCCAUUUGGAUUUUAUAUUCAUGUUGUGGAACACUUUGCACUGCCAACAAAGGCACUAUGGGACAUUCCGAGAUACAUAUUGAGUCAUAUGGACACUGUAGCCAGUAGCAAUUUACUUAAAUGAUUUUGUUACACUUUCUUGUCACUUUUAUUGUAUUGUUCUUUUAUCUAGUUGUUUUUUUUCCAAUGGCUCCUCACAAAGAACAUAAAGGACAAAUUGUCUCUUUGAAUAACAGGGUUAUUCUCUAAAGAACAAAAAGGGAAAUUGGAUUCUUGGAGCUAUUUUCCACAUUUGCACUUUACCUAACAAAUAUAAAUGUGGAGAACUUUCUUAGCUGUUUAAAAAUAUCAGUUGAUUUUAUUUAUUUUUUUGCAUGAUUGUAUUGCAAAACACUCUUAUUGGCACUUUAAUAGUUGUGAUUAAUUAAAAUUAGCAUAUAUAAUUACAAUCGUAUAUCUUUUAAAAACUGAAGAAAUCUACAUUUAGCAGCCUGUAACAGAUUCAUAGAUUCUUCCUAUGCAUCUACAUUGGUUGUGAAGCAAACUCCAGAAUAUCUGGGUAACAUUUAGGUAGUAUCUGCCAACUGUUUUGUAAAUAGCCCGUAUUUUUGAACAAGAGUAUUAUACUUGAAAAUAAAAAUAAACUCUAACAGAGCUCUUUUCAUAAGAUUUUGUUUUUGGUGUCAGUAGUGUAAUUAUUUCUUAUUUUAGAACCUCAGUUUUCUAUUUCUUCAGUAUUUCUCAGGGAUACCCACAUUUUUUUUAAACCUUUGUAUCGUGUUUUUAAGAUGUCAAUCUAACCAUUCUGGUUUAGAGCUAUUUAUCCAAAUCCUAGCAAACUGACAUUCUGAAAGGGCCCUAAAAACAGAUGGGGGAAGGAAAUAAUAAGCAUUCUGAUAUAUAUAAAUUAGUAUGAAUCCUCCCAUUCCAUUUCUAUAUAAUUUAGUAUGAAUCCUCCUAUUAUCUUUCUGUACCAAAACAUCCCAAAAUUGAUUCUUUGUGAGAUUAUAGGUCAUGGUGAAUUUUAUGCUCAUUGACCCUGAGUUUAGGAAUUGGGAAAAGGCUUCCAGUGACUCCAAUGUGCCACACCACAACACCAACACAUCAUCUAUAUAUCUCCACUAAUUGAUGGUAAAUCAAUUAAAGUGCACCUAACUGGAUUAUUCCUUAUUAGAAAGCAUAUGCACUUCCAUUUUGGCUUACAAAAUCCAGUAUUUAGUAAAUAGCCCUGUUAGUCUACAUCUUCAAGUUUUUAGCCCUGAUAUAUGAAUAUAAUCUGGAUUUUUGCCUAGAAGACCCGUAAAAAGAAACCUGUAUUCAUCGAUUUGCUGAAUUUUGGAAUCCAAUGUUCAUUUCUAACCAUAGCUAGAUCCAAGGAAUCAAGAGUGACAUCUAGUGGCAAAAUAUUAUCUUACUCACACUACCUCAUUUAAAUCAUAGGUAGCUGUAGUAACACUGAUGGCCAUACACAUCUUACUACAUACAGCACUCCAUAUUGCAGCAAAUCCAUAAGCAAGGCCUUGAAGUGAUGAUUCAGACAAUCAGAUCAGAGUUGCUGCUUCCAUACCAGUUCAUGGAAGCUAAACAUUAUUUGUCUAAUUUAGAUAUCCAAUAUAUAAACUGGAUAACUGUGCCAAGAUGUGAAGGAGGUAGAUUGAGAUUCCUUAAACAAAAAGAGCCUAAUUGUUUCAAGAAACUAAAACGUUUGGAGCCCCAAGGCAUGAAUACAUAUUUCUUAGUUUGUAAAUAUGUUGAGACUGAUUUCUGAAUAAUGUUAGUGUGUUCUCAUUACAGUUUACUUUUCUUGUAAAUUUAUAGGAUAGAUAGACCUACUGUCUUCAAGAAUCAGCCUGCAUAGUGGAUCAAAGUUCUUGGAGAGCAUUUUAGGGAUAAUGAAUCAAUGUACGCAUUACAUUUUAUAUAUAUAUAUAUAUAUAUAUAUAUAUUAUACAAUGCUUUCCUAUGGGAUUAUGUGUGAUGCUAGAUGUCCCCAUGCAAAGCGUGAGAACGUCCAACGUCAGUUAGGUGACCAAAAGUCGCCUAACAGCCUGGACGUCCCUCUAGUGACUAUCUGCUAUACAGCGACCAGAGCUGGAGUUAACCCUGAAAGGUAAUUAUUGCAGUUUUUAAAAAAUUACAAUAAUUGCUGUUGCAGGAUUGAGGGACCUGGGACACUGCAACCAGACCACUUCAGUGAGCUGAAUUUGUCUGGGUGCCUAUAGUGUCCCUUUAAUUUCAAAUUCAUGGUAAAAAUUGCUGAACUGGAAAAAUUCAGCUAUGCUUCAUUCUCAGCUACCUUAGCCCUAAAUUUCAAAUUCACUGUGAAUUAAUUUCUCACUUUAGUAAAAAAUACUUUAACAUUUUGCUAUGGUUGGUGAUAUUAAAACCAAAAAUGUUUAUUUUUUUCAUCACAUGGGUGUGUUUGUUCAGAUUAUGAGUGUAGUUUAAUGCUAAAAUAUAUUUUUGCAGCAUACUUAUGUGUGAAUGCAGGUGAUAGGUUUGUGUGGAUUGUCAAUCCAUUGAAAUGGAGUGGCAUGGAGUGUCAAUGUGUGUGAACCCGAGCUAGGGAUGUAUUUUUCAUUGAAUGUCAUUGCAUGUGUCAGUGCAGAUGUGUAUGGUUAACAGUAUCUUGGUCGCCCAUAAUAAAAUAAUCCACACCACUCAGCCUCAGUUCCACUGCCAACUGGUCCCUGGCCACUGUUGUAUUUUGAUUUUAUCAAUGACACGUGCAUAUUUUAGGACUUUACAAUGCCAAUAUACAGCAAGCAUAUUAUACAUAUGAGCAUAAGUAGCAUGACAUUUAUACAAUCACUCUUGUUUUUCAUCUCUUACGUUGUAUCUCAUUUCUUUUUUUUUCUUUUUUUUUUUAAAUUAUUUAUUUAUACCAAGACAAAAAGAAAACAUACAUCAUAUCCAUAGCAUGAGUAUACUAUAAAGAAACACACUUGAACGUAUACAUGUUAACGACAGUGCUAUAUAUAUGGGAAGAGUAUACAUAACCGUGAAUAGUAUAACAUCUGUAGCCCAUAUGUUCAAUCAGUACAUUGUGUCUCAGAGCCAAUCUUGGAAAUUUACAACGUUCGACAACCCGUCUUGGGGUUUUUGUUUUUUGUAGGUAAAAAGAAAUCAUGCACAAUCGUACUAACGAUAUAUUAAAGAAGUAGAGCACUUUUCGCUCGAUAGUCACUUCCCCCUUUAAGAACGUCAGAGGGUAGUGUAAUAGCAUAUUUUGCUCAUUUUCUCUCCUAGUGGUCCCUGAGAAAUCAUUCGCUGCACAAUUGUACAUAAUGAACAAGAAAUAUGGUGAUAAGUGGAUAGAGAAGAUAAAGAAAUUAGCGAAGAUGGGUAUGGAAGGAGGGUGGGGGGAGGAGGAGAGGAUAUAGGGGGGAAGGAUUCAGGGGGAGCAUCGUCAGGGCCCGUUUGCAUCUCCCUUGCAAGAGGUGAACAGAUCUAUUGACCGUAUCUGGUUCGGUGGUCCCUAGGGCCGUUUGAUUACCAAGGCUUGUAUCUCAUUUCUGUCGCUUAAUGCACGUCAUUUAGUUGCUGCUAAUCUGUCUGAGUUUACCAGAGGGAACAGCUCAAUGUAACAUUCAAAGUAACAGUGCCAGAGUCUGUCUGGAGUCUUAAUACAUUAUUUUUGAUUAUGUUCUUAGUCUCGAUUGAUUUAAUGAGUUUAAUGGCAACUUUACAGUGCUGUUUGUUUGAAAGCGCUUUGAUGUCACAUGCUAAUUAGUUUUCAUGAAAUGUCAUCUUCAAAGUGCAAAAGUGGAUAUUUAAUAAAAAUUUUAUAUUAUAUUAAUUUAUUAUUACAAUACCGGUAGCAUGAUCCUAUGCAUGUUAUUUUCUAGAGCAUAAAUUGCUGUACUUUGUGAUAUGCAAAUUUUUUUGAGGGCUUUUUCAAGUGUAUGUUUGGCGAAAUGCGUUGUGCGUGGUUUACUAUUAUUAUUAUUAUAAAUAUUUACUAUUUAUUACUAUUUUAUUAUUUUUUAUUGAUUUUAUUGUUCCUGGCACAUUUAAAAACUAUUGAAGUAUCUACUCUACUCUACAUCCAAUCCCUGGAAAGGAUUGCCCUCAGGAGAAUCUACUCAACAUUAUAUCCUCAGUGCUAUCUCUUGAGCGGUGUUAUUGCUCUACUAAAUGUGAGUAAAUUACCAUUUAUAUUUUUACCUGGUUUAGGUUUUACUCAGUAAGCACUAUUGUUUGCUUUUUAUGUUUUACAAUUUUAUACUCAUCUGGAUGCUGUCAGACUUACCUCUAAUGAUCUACAUAUCCAUCAGUGGGGAUUAUACUGCUGUAUGCUAUUUUACUCAGUGCUGGUUUAUAGCUCUAGCAAAUAGACAUGUGCAAUUCGUUUCGUUCCGAAUGUCAAUUCGGAUGCAUUUCGGGCAAUUCGGACAUUCUGAUACUUCGGACAUUCGAAUAUCCAAAUAGCUGUAUAGUCGAAUUUCCGAAGUGCCGAAGUCCCAAAGCGCCGUAUGUCCGAAUAGCCGAAGUGCCAAAGCACAGAAUUGUCGAAGUACUAAUAUACCCAGUGGAAGAAUGAAGAAUGUUACACUGUACACCAGUUUAAAUAAAAAGUAUACACACAUAGCCAGAAUUCAGCUGUAAGCAUUUGCAACACUUACAACAAUCAAGUAACGCGUUCAUAUAAAAUGUAAGUUACUUAGCCAGUCAAUGGAUGGGAAUGAGUAAGUAGAUAGCUCCCUAAUACCAUGGGAAUUAGGGAGUUAUCUACCAAAAGGCUGAAAGACCAAUUUAGGUCUUUCAGCCUUUUGGUAGAUAGCUCCCUAAAGAUUACUUAGUAUUAGUAAAUUCUGCCCCUACUACCUAUGCCGCGAGUAGGGGCAUGUCUACUAAACAGUUUAAAAAACACCAAGUAUCCCCGCUCCCGAACCCCCACCCAUGCAGUGCGAGUGGGGGCUUUAAAAUUGAAGGGGGGCCUAUUGCCCCCUCGGCCCCCAUCCCUGAGUGGCGGCCCUGGAUGACAAUGGGGGGAAUCUAUCAUGUCCCCCCGGCGCUCACCCAUGAGCGGCGGAUGGGGGCCCUAAAUAAGAAUAAUGGGGUGACCUAUUGUCCUCCCCCCGGCCCUAAAUCAGAAUAAGAAUAACUAUUGUCCUCCCCGCAGCCCCCACCCUGAGCGGCAGGUGGGUGCCCUGAAUCAGAAAAAUGGGGGUGACCUAUUGUCCUCCCCCCGGCCCUAAAUCAGAAUAAGGGGGGCCUAUUGUCCUCCCCCGGCCCCCACCCCUGAGCGGCGGGUGGGGGACCUAAAUCAAAAAUAUAUUUGACAAACAAUUGAUCCAAUUAAAAUGUUAUCAAUGCUUUGCCUAACACCAAUUUCCUUUCUGUAAAGCUAUAUUUUGACUAUGAAAACUCAAUAAAUACAGAAUUAAAAAAAAAGACCUUUGCUUCCUGAACUGAUCUGUGUCCGGACUCUCUGUACGUGGCUUCUUCAGAAUUCUCCUAUAACAGAAAGAAACAUACCUUUUCCAUACGAGUUUUGUACCUUUUCUUAUCUUUUCCUAGCACUAUGCACUUCCUGUAAGUGAAAUUUCAGAACAGGGAUGCCUGCUAGGAGAAGAGCUGAGAUCAGCACUGGAGAGAACUUCUGGGUCGACCCCUGAAGAUAAAAGUGUGCUUGGGGGCCUCCAGGCAUCAUAAUAAUAUCAUUAAGAUGAAGUUGUUUUAGUGCGUGGAGUGAACCUUUAAUAUGCUGUAUUUGUUUGCAUGCUCAAAUCUUUAUAGGUUUUGCAUAUAAUAAAUAAAUGCUAUGCAGAAUGCUGCACCAUAAGUCUGCCUCUUUAGCCACACACCCUCAUUCUAGAAAAAGACUUCCUUAUCAAAUGUAUGAACACAGCUUUACUGCCACUGACGUACUGAAUGAUUUGAACAACUAAACUUCCUGCAUUACUACACCUAAACGUCUAAACAGAAUUUUCCCGGAAACACCCAACAGAUGUUAGAAAUGUAAUGCUAACGAAAGCAAUUUACUCCACAUCUAGUGGAAUUGUCCUCUGAUAAAAUCAAUACUGGAAGAAAGUACAAUAAAAGUAGGUGUAUAUAUUAGGUUAAAAACCAAUGUGAAACAGAGUGCUACAAUCACCAAUGUGGGUCACUCCACUUCACAUAAAUGAAUAAAUAAAACAAUACAUGUGGUGAGAGCACACACAAAACAAAAUAUUAAAAUAGUUAAAAUAGUUACCCCUAUGUUCAGUUAAAAUCCUGUAGAGAUAAAAUCAGGAAAAACAGACAUAGGGUAAUAACGUACAGAUAAUUAAUAAAUGAGCAAAUAAUUGUGUAAACUCACAUAUUUCGGAGCCACUUAAAAUAGAAGCUGGCUCAGACUAAGAACGUUGAAUGGAUUAAUGUAGUGAUAGCUGGAGUAAAAUGCUAACUGCUUACUUGUCCUUUCUUAUAAAAAUCCAGGAUGCAGGAUCUCAGUAAAAGGUUUAUUAUUCCAGAGUAAAAAUACAGCAGCAAAAAAUGAAGCUCAGCAAUCUCACUCUCCACACACUGACGCGUUUCAGCCAAAGCUUUUAUCAAAGUCCAUUCAGUCCGUUCUUUGUUUAAAUAGGAGCUUUUUCGCGCCUUUCUCCUGUUCGGUAAUAGGCUCCUCCCCUUCCAUUCAGACGCAACCUAAUUGGGCAUCCUAGCGUCCAUAGUAACCUUCAUUUACUUCCGCGUUCGUCAGAAAUGACGUUGGGAUGAUCUCCUUGCUUGUGCAGAAUAGUCUUUAAUGUUGCAAAAGGAAACUCCUAUUGCAACAUACUACAUACAUAUUAUCACAGUCAAAUUUUAAAACAAAAUUACAACAAGCUAACUCUUCUAAUGCAUGAAAUGUCAAAACUUUUCUUUUCCUACAAAAACACACUAAAAAAAGAGGUUAAUAGGAAAAAAAGGGGGGAGAGGAUAAUAUCAUAUUGUUCCAUUUAAAAGCACAGAAAUGCUGGGGGAAUGCAUAAAAAAUAAAGUACAGUUACUUUUUAAUAAAAUACAUGUUAAUAACAUUAUAAUAUGCUUUAGAUAAAUUAGAAAAAUAGUAAAAUUAGAAAAAUGUUAAGAAUACUUAAAAGUACUUUACAAAUAUCAAUUUUAAAAUUGUAUACCAAUUAUUACCACAAAUAAAACCACAUUUAUUUCCUAAACGUUUUAACUAAUAUAAAUAGCAUAGUCUCUGAUAUGAUAAAUUUAAUUAAAAAAAACCUUUAUAAUUAAAUUAAAUAUAAGUAUUAAUCUCAAAAUCUACAUUAAGCCCCCACGGUAUAAGUGUAUCCAAAUUAAAAAUCCAUCUAAUUUCGGUCUUGCUUAGGAGGUUGUCCUUAUCUCCACCUCUCCAAUGGAUUUUAAUAUGAUCUAUUGCGAAGAAAUCCAAACCACUAGGAUCUCCAUUAUGGUGCUCCAUAAAAUGUUUGGACACACAAUGAUUAGGGAAUCUCCUUUUGAAGUUAUAUAUAUGUUCCCUAAUUCGUGUCUUUCAUGGGUGAGAUGUUUUCCCUAUAUAUUGUAAACCGCAGGGGCAUAUUAACAUAUAUAUAACAUCCACAGUGUUACAUGUAGUAAAAUACUUAAUUUCCUAUUUUUUUUUUGGCAUUAAGAGAGAUAAAUGUAAAAAUUCUCCUAUUUUUCCCAGUUCUUAUCUUACACCCUCUACAAUUUCCACAGUAAAAAAAUCCUUUUUGUUCCUUUAAAAAAUUGUUUGGGCAUUCUUUAUUUUCUUUCUCUUGGAAACUACUAGUUAAAAUUUACUUAAAAUUCCUAGCUCCUCUAAAAAUAAGUCUGGGUUUUCCUCCUAUUAGUGGACGUAUUUCCUCAUCUAAAUUCAAGACAUGCCAAUUUUUAUUAAUAAUUCUAUGCAAAUUAUGAUUAUUAGAAUUAAAAUUAAAAAUUAGGGGAAUAAUUUCUUGUGUUUCUUUUUUUUUUUUUUUGCAAUUCUUUAUUUUUGCGGGCAAGGUUAGUUACAAUACUACCCGUAUGGCCACAACAGCCUUCCGGGUUUUCAAACGUUUCAUGACAUCACAACAUAGUUUAGGCAUUCAUAGCAGUCUGUCGAUUCUAAUCUGUGGUGUCAGCUAGUUCUGCACAUUUUAAUAUAAUCUAUGGGUCAGUUGCUGUCAAACUGAGGCAACAUUGGAGUAAUUUUGAGGAGUGUGUCUUUUUCCCCUCCAGUGUUAGGAUAGUAGUAUUGUGGGGGGUAAAGAACCCAAGGGUUGUCUGUUUGGAGCUGCUUGGUUGUGUGUUUGUGCCCCCUUACAUGUUCCCUGAAGGGUUAAUUGUGUGUACGAAUGGUUGUCCUCAGUGGCGUUUGUGUCCACAGGUGAGUGCUAUGAAGUCCGCGUGUGUCAACGUGUGUCUGUUUGCGUAUGGGCAUACAUGUGUAUAGGGGUUGUCGCUCAUUGAGCCUAUGUGUGCCUCUGCGAUCGUCCAGUGGGUUGGGAAUUGACUCCUUACCGAGGAGGUCGCAGGGGGGUGGGAGGAGGUGUAUUCUCCCUGGAGCUUUUGGUGUAUGUGUCAGGGUGGGUCUUGUCUGAUGUUGUGUCAGCAGCAGUUAUGGUGUAGCGUUUAGUUAGUUGUGUAGGUGCAUAUGUUACAGUAAUACAGUGAUAAAAAUAAACAGUGAAACAACAGGAGAAACCAAGGGUAAAACAGAAGGCAAGACCGGAACCGGUCAAUGCAUUGUAUGCUUGUUGGUUACAAUUUUUACAGUUCAGGUCGGUUCUCUCGGGUGCUCUCUAUUCCUGGGGAUGAAUGGAGUCAUUCUGUCAGGAUCCCAGGUGUGCGAAGACGUGGGAGUUUCUUGUGCUGCGGGUCCGGCGUGAAUCCCCAGUGCGCGUAGGAACUGUUCUGCCUCCUGUAGUGAGGAAAGAUUGUGUGUGGUACCGUUUUUGGUUACAGUCAGGGUCCUUGGUAGAGUCCAUUUGUACUCAAUUUUAGCUUUGCGCAGACUGCUCGUCACUUGUGCCAGGGACCUGCGCCACAACAGCGUGCUUCUUGUUAAGUCCUGAUAGAAGGUAAUGUGGGAUGAUUCAAAAGCAAGUGGUGUCCUUCCCCUGACUGCUGUAAGGAUCUUGAUUUUGUCUGCCACUGAGUGGCACCGGAUGAUGACAUCUUGUGGAGCUGUGGCUGGGGCUUGUCUUGCUUUUUUGAUUCUAAAGAAGCCGUCUAGUGUGAAUCUUUUGGCUUGGGCGUGCGGUAGGAGCGUGGCUGUGAGACGUCUGAGGUAGUGGGGUAGUUCUGUGGAGUCCACGCUAUCCGGUAUCCCCCUUAAUUUUAAGUUAGUGCGCCUGUUGCGGUCCUCUGCUAGGUCCAUUCUCGUAGUGAGGUUGGAUUGGGAUGUCUGCAUGAGUAUUAUUUGUUCUUUUAGCCCCUGUACCUCUUGUUUCAAGUCUAGGGUGUCAUCUUCGGUGGCUUGAGUGCGUGUAAUUACUGCCUGCAUUUCGGUCCUUAGCAAGUCCAUAUCUGCUGCGUGUAUUUGUCUCAUUUCUUUCAGCAGGUCGGCUAUGUCUUGUUUAGUAGCCGGUGUGAUGUGAGUGCUGUUAGUUUGUGGAUCCCUUAUCGGGUGAGCGGUUAAUAGUUCUUGUUCGGCUCCAGAUUGCUCUUCUUCAUCUUGGGAGGCAGUUGUGCGGUCUGGCGAGGCCGCCAUCUUGGGCACCAUUGGUCUUUGCAGCAGGUAGCCUAUGUCCUGUGUGGUCCUGCUUGUGUUCUGUGUGGGUCUCUGGGAUUUUCUGCCCAUGUUGUAGUCGUUAGGCGCAGCUGUCCCAAUCUGCAGGUAGGCAUCCUGGUGCACUCUCAGGGCUGUGAGUUCUUGUGUUAGCCUUGAGGCUUGGUAGGCGGUGUAGGCCCCGGUUUUCCGUCGGGACUUUCUGCUCGUUUGCGGAUACAAAAAAGGCAUCAGCUUGUUGCUCGCUUACUUGGGUUUCCCCGGGAGCUGGUAGAGUGCCUCUGUAGGUGCCACAGGGCUUAGUUUUAGGGCCUUUAAGGCGUCGUUUGUCCGGAGCUCGGAGGUGAUGCAACCGUUCCUGUCUGGUGCUCGGCUCCGCCCCUUUGUGUUUCUUUUUUAAUUUCCUUGUCUUUAUAUUAUAAUAUUUCUAACCUAUUUUCAUCUUUCACUUGUUUAUAAGCUGUUUCUAGAAGGUCUUUAUCAUACCCCUUCUUUAAAAAUAGUUUUUCUAAAAUUUUCGUUUGAUCAUUAAAAUCUCGUUCAUCUGUGCAGUUCCUUUUUAGCCUUAAAAAUUGUCCUUUUGGUAUAUUUGAUAACCAUGGUCUAAAAUGACAACUAGAGAAAUCAAUAAAGCAGUUAACAUCCACAGAUUUAAAAUACGUCCGACUUUUGAUUAAACCAUUAUCUAUAAAAAAUUCCAAAUCUAAAAAAAUUAAUAUUAGAGGGGCUGAUAACAUGGGUCAAUUUAAUAUUCCAUAAAUUAUCAUUAAGAGAAUCAAUAAAUCUCAAUAAAGAUUGGGAACUGCCUCUCCAUAUAAUAAAAAUGUCAUCUAUAUAUCGUUUGUAGAGGACCAGAUUUGCCCCAAUGUCCAGCUUGGAGAAAACGUGUUUUUUUCUCCCAGUAGGACAUAAAUAAAUUUGCAUAACUUGGGUCAAAUCUGGUAAUGAUCAAGUGAAAAUUUUAGCAAAACAAUUUUUAGAGAAGGGGUAUGAUAAAGACCUUAUAGAAAAAGCUUAUAAACAAGUGAUAGAGGAAAAUAGGUUAGAAAUAUUAGAAUAUAAAGACAUUAUUUUUAAUUUUAAUUCUAAUAAUCAUAAUUUGCAUAGAAUUAUUAAUAAAAAUUGGCAUGUCUUGAAUUUAGAUGAGGAAAUACGUCCACUAAUAGGAGGAAAACCCAGACUUAUUUUUAGAGGAGCUAGGAAUUUUAAGUACAUUUUAACUAGUAGUUUCCAAGAGAAAGAAAAGAAAGAAUGCCCAAACAAUUUUUUAAAGGAACAAAAAGGAUUUUUUUACUGUGGAAAUUGUAGAGGCUGGAAGAAAGUACUGAAGCUUAUUGAACAAACAACUGGAAGGAAAAUGAAUUUCAAACCGGAAGUAUUCCUACUAAACUUAGGAUGGCCCAGAAUGCCAAAGAAUGAACAAAUGGUGACUAUACAUAUCAUCACGGCUGCUAAACUCUUAAUAGCAUGCAAUUGGAAAACACUGACAAUUCCACAUAUCCAAGAAUUACUAUCUCAGGUGACAUGGCAAGCGAAAAUGGAAAGGGGCAUGCCAACGAACCUGGGAAAUAGAUACACCCAGAUAGAAGACUGGUAUAUAUGGAUUAAUAAACUAGAAUCCUUAAUUCAAGAAGUGAUAUAGUGAAAGAUUUAAAAGGCCUUCGAAGAUCCCAAGAAUCGGGCAAACACUAUAUGAUAAAAUAACAAUAGGGUGUUCUCUCUCUCUCCAAAAUAGGAAGAUAAAUAGAUUAUCAAGACAAUAGUUAUCAUAGGAAGUUACAAGAGAGGGGUGGGUGGGAGGCAACAAAUAGAGUUUUAGCACUUAUCCCAUCUGGUGUUUCUUUUUUUAUCUCUUUACUUGAUACAAUGACACAAUAAUUAAUUAGGAAAGGAAUGUGUAUGUAUGUAUGUGUGUGUGUGUAUAAAUAUUUAUAUACAUAUAUAUAUGUGUACGUAAAAAAAAAAAAGGGAAGAGAGGGAAAGGGAAAAAAGAAUAGAAAAUAUAUAGAUAUAACGAAUAGGGAGGAAUAUUAAUGAUGACAAGAUACCGAGGCUUUCCUAUUACUCGAUGCUUUCCUAUGGACGUUCAGCGUCUUCUCACUGAUUUUCACAGUGAGAAUUGCGGAAGCUCCUCUAGCGGCUGUCAAUGAGACAGCCAUUAGAGGCUGGAUUAACCCUCAGUGAAACAUAGCAGUUUCUCUGAAACUGCUAUGUUUUCAGCUGCAGGGUUAAAACUAGAGGGGCCUGGCACCCAGAUCACUUCAUUGAGCUGAUGUGAUCUGGGUGUCUGUAGUGGUACUUUAAGUGUAUGUGUAUCUGCAUGCACUGGCGUACCUACAGCAGUCGCAGAGGUCCAUCGCCAUGUGUUGCGGCCCCAGCCCAUGCAGAGUAACCACGGAUCAGUUUUCACACCGGGGCCCCAUAGGUUGUGUGUACGCCACCGAGGGGUUGCAUUGUGUGUAUAAUGAGCUGUAGUUAUAUUGAAGGGCAGACUUGCAGCACUGGAUACAGAGAGCUAGUGUCUGUACUCACUGUUGGGGUGAGUGUGGCACGGUUGAAGGAGAAAGUGUGACAGGGCGAGGGAGGAUUAUGUGAUAGGGUGAGAGUGACAGGAUAGGAAAAGUUAAUGUGAUAGGGUGAAGGGGAUGAGUUUGACAGGGUUGGGGUUAUGUGUUGCACGGUUGGAGGAGGGAGUGUGACAGGGUGCGGGAAAGACAGAAUUAUGUGACAGGGUGAAUGUGGCAUGGUUGGGCAGGACUGAAAGGGUUAAUGUGAAAAUGGAUGAGUGUGACAAUGUUGGGGGUGAGUGUAACAGUAUGAGAGAAGAUAAGUGUGAUAGGAUUAGGGGGAUUAAUGUGAUAGGGUGAGUGUGGAAGAGCGAGGGCAGGUAAUUGUGGUAUGGAUGGAGGGGGUGAGAGCAACAAGAUUAGGAGAGGUUAAUGUGAGCGAGGCUGGGUGAAGGGGGCAUGUCAGCAUGUGGGGGGUGACAGUGUGUGUUGAAGGGUGACAGUGUGGGGGGUGACUGUAUGUGUGUGGAAUUGUGAUGUGGGUAUGUGAGAGUGUGGGAGGCAAUGUUGGAAAGGGUGACAGUGUGUGCAGGGGCAGUGUUUGGGAGGGGUGACUGUAUGUAUUGGUGACAGAGUGUUGGGGACUGACAAUAUGGGGUGCAAGUGUGUGAAAGGGUAACAGGGUGAGGGAGCAGUGUGGAGGAAUGUGACAGUUUAGGGGGCAGGGUGUGAAUAGGUGAGCAUGAGGAGGAAGUGUGGGGUGGCAGUGUGGAGGAUGGUGACAGUGUGGGCGGUAGAGUGUGUGGGAGAGUAGUGUGUGUAACAGUGGGGGGGCAGUGUGUGUGACAGUGGAGGGCAUUUUGUGUGAGAAACUGUGUGGGGGCAGAGUGUGUGGAAGACAGUGUAGGGGGGCAAUGUUUGGGACAGAGUGUGUGGGAGUCAGAGUGAGGGGCAGGGUGUAUGGGAGGCAGUGUGUAUGACAGUGUGGGGUGCAGGGUGUGUGGGAGUCAGUGUGGGGGCAGUGUGGGAGGCAGUGGAGGAGGCAAUGUGGGGGGCAACAUAUGUGGUAGUCAGUGUGGGUGGCAGGGUAUGUGGUGUUCAGUGUGGGGGGCAGUGUGGGGGUCACGGUAUGUGGUAGUCAAUGUGGGGGACAGGGUCUGUUGUAGUCAGUGUGAUGGUUGGUGUGGGGGUCAGUGUAUGUGGUGGCAGGGUAUGUGGUGGUUAAUGUGGGGGCAGCGAAUGUGGUGGUCAGAGUGGGAAGGGUACAUGGUGGUCAGUGGUGGGCAAUGUGGGGGCAGGGCAGUGGGCUGCAGGUAUUUGUAGUAGUCGGUGUAGGGCAGUAGUUUGUUGGGGCAGGGCAGUGUGGGUGGCAGUGUGGUAGUAAGUGUAGGGUGCAGUGUAUGUGGGGGCAGGGAGUGUAGGGGUGGGUGCGUGGGGGGCAGGGGCGGUGUGGUGGCAGGUUAGUGUGGAGGAAGAGCAGUGUAGGCAUGUUGUGUUAUGGAGUGGAGAGCAGUGUAGGUGGUGGUGUUGGGUGUGGGGCAGGGCAGUUUGCGUGGGGGCAGGGCAGUGUAUGUGGGGGGAGCAGGGAAGUGUGGGUGGUAGGAGGUGUUGGGGCAGGGUAGGUGGGGCAGAGCAUGUAGGUGGGCAGGGCAGUGUUGGGGCAGGGCAGUGUGGGUGCAGUAUCUGUGGGGGCCAGGGCAGUGUGGGGGCCAAGCAGUGUAUGUGGGGGGCAGGGAAGUGUGGGUGGUAGGGCAGUGUGGGUGGCAGGGUACUGUUGGUGGCAGGGCAGGUAGGGGGCAGGGCAGUGUAUGUGGGAGGCAGGGAAGUGAGGGUGGUAGAGCAUUUUAGUUUAAAUCUAAUUACCUGGUGGUCCAGUGGCAGCAGUCCCUGGUGGUCCGGUGGGAUGACUAUUCGGUCUGCAGCUCCGCCACACGAGAGCUGCAGACCUUAAUCUCACGAGCUCCUAUCAGAGUGUUGCCAUGGUAACCCGCGCCAACGCUCUGUGUGCUCGCGAGAACCACAUUACGUGAUCUGCAGCUCUGCACUCGGCUGAGCUACAGAUCAGAGGCUGGCUCUCUCUGUGGGCAGACCAUGUGGAGGGGCCACCCGGCGGCAUACUGGGCAAGCCUCCGGGCCCCCUUUCACUGUCAGGUCCUCGGUCAUCUUUGAUAUAGAUGUAGAUGUAGAUGCAAUUUAAAGGACAGUAUAGUCACCAGAACAACUACAGCUUAUUGUAAUCGUUCUGGUAAGUAUAGUAAGUACUUGCAGGCUUUUUAGUGUAAACACUGCCAUUUCAGAGAAAGGCCUAGGAAUACCUCUGGUGGCCACUGCUCAGACGUACUUCCUGGGGCAGUGUGCAGCAUUGAUGUUUAGCGCCUCCACACUCUGCAUGGAGUCACUGAACUUUCCCCAUAGAGAUGCAUUGACUUCAUCCAUCUCUACGAGGAGAUGCUGACUGGCCAUGGCGGCAUUUGGCUCCAUCCACCACCUCCUUGGCUGAGGUAAUAAGAUUGGACAAUUUCAGCCAAUCCUAUGGGAAAGCAUUGUGAUUGGCUGAGAACAUCAAUUCUGACGAUGUCAGCCAAGGAGGCAAAUCGAGCAGGGGCGGAUGCAAGAACCUCCGUUCAGAGCUGGAAAAAUGUGAGUAAAUCACUUUUCUAGCCCGAGGUAAGGAGGCUGACUACUACGGUGGUUUUAGAACUAUAGUGUCUGGAAUACACAUGUGUGCUCCUGACACAAUAGUGCUCUUUUAACAUGUCUCUUUAAAUGCACAGCUCCUAAAUAUUUUUCUUGCAGAGCACCAUUUUCUUGCAAUAUGGGGAAGAAAAAGGAUGUCUCUGCUGCCGAAAAGAGUGAAAUAGCUCAAUGCCUUGGACGAGGUAUGAAAACAUUAGAUAUUUCACAAAAACUUAAGCGUGAUCAUCGCACGAUUAAGAUACUUGUGGCUGAUUCAGAGCACAGACGGGUUUGUGCAGAUAAAGGCACAUUGAGGAAGAUUUCUGCCAGAUCCAUGCAUCGGAUCUAGAGAGCAGCUGCUAAAAUACCAUUACACAGCAGCAAACAGAUAUUUGAAGCUGCUGGUGCCUCUGGAGUCCCACGGACAUCAAGGUGUAGAGUCCUCCAGAGUCUUGCAACUGUGCAUAAACCUUCUAUUCGGCCACCGCUAACCAAUGCUCACAAGCAGAAAUGGCUGCAUUGGGCAAAAAAAUACAUGAAGACUAAUUUUCAAAGAGUCCUGUUCACUGAUGAGUGACGUGCAACCCUGGAUGGUCCAGAUGGAUGGAGUAGUGGAUGGUUGGUGGACGGCCACCCUGUUCCAACAAGGCUGAGACGUCAGCAAGGCGGUGGUGGAGUCAUGUUUUAGGCCGGAAUCAUGGGAAGAGAGCUGGUCAGCCCCUUUAGGGUCCCGGAAGGUGUAAAGAUGACAUCUGCAAAGUAUGUGUAGUUUCUGACUGACCACUUUCUUCUCUGGUACAGGAGGAAGAACUAUGCUUUCCGUAAUAAAAUCAUCUUCAUGCAUGACAAUGCACCAUCUCAUGCUGCGAAGAAUACCUCUGCAUCAAUGGCUGCUAUGGGGAUAAAAGGAGAGAAAGUCAUGGUGUGGCCUCCAUCCUCCCCUGACCUCAAUCCUAUUGAGAACUUUUGGAGCAUCCUCAAGCAAAAGAUCUAUGAGUGUGGGAGGCAGUUUACAUCCAAACAGCAGCUCUGGGAGGCUAUUCUGACAUCUUGCAAACAAAUUCAAGCAGAAACUGUCCAAAAACUCACAAGUUCAAUGGAUGCAAGACUUGUGAAGCUGCUAUCAAAUAAGGGGUCCUAUGUUAAAAUGUAACGUGACCUGUUCAAAUGUUUAAAAAGUUAAACUGUUGUUAGAAGUUUGAUUGAAAUAGCUUUUGAUUUCAGUAAAUAUGCUGCAAACACAACAAAUGACAAUUUUCAGUUUUUUACAACCUAUAAAGUGUUUUGAAACUUACUGUGCGUAAUAAUUUGGAACAGUGCAUUAUAAGUUUUUUAUGUUUAAAAAAAAUACUGUUAUCAUUAGGAUGUUUGUUCAAUAAAAUUUGAUUUGUACUCUUAAUAGUUGAUAACAUGAGAAUUAUGCUGACUGUUAUUUACAUCAAUUAUUUAGGUAAAUGAGAAAAAUAUCAUUUGCAUAAUAAUUUGGAACAGGGUGUAUGCAGAUUUGAGAUAGGCAGACAUAUAUCAUUAGGUAUUUUGACUAAUGACACCUACUGGUGAGGUAGUGUAGAAUAUUACAUAUUCUAGUCAUACAUUACAUGGUUGUAUGGGUGAGUAUAGCAUAGUUAAUGUCAAUAAGACAUAUGGCUUUUUUUUGUCUGAGAAAUUCAGAAUGUGGUUCUAAACCAAUGGAAAUUAUCUUCAAAUUUGAUUAAACACAAAGACAGACAUUUCUACACACAUCCUUUAUUUAACUGGAGUUUUGGGGAGUAGGUGUUGUCUGUUCUCUGGUUUUCUUGACAAAAGGCUUCCUUCCUGGGUCCAGCACAGAACAUCGCUGUUGAAUAUUCAUCAUCCUGUAACAUCCUUUGUUAUUUUACUAUAUAUUAGUAUUUUUAAGCAGAAUAAAUCUACAGAAAAUGUAAGUCGGAUGUGUACUGAUAUUUCUGACACACAGAAAUUAUGAUAUAUUUAUUUAUACCUGUUUUAUAUCACUGUCAUUUUCAGUACAUGCAGUUUUUUUCAGUGAAUGUAUUCCACCAAUAUUUCACGUACGCAUUGUUAUUAAUAUAUGGGGUUAUAGAAUUUGGUUGGUAAACUUUUCUAAUGUAGACAACAAAUGUUUAAUCUACCCACCCCCUCUUUCUUCAUCCUUGACCCUCCUAAAUAAAAAAAUACCUUCAUAUAACUGUUUUAUUUCCAUCUAUGUUUCUUAGGUUUUAAUCCACAAACCCAGCCCACAAGCUAAAACUCAGGCUCUUCAUUUUCUCUAAUCACUAUCCACCAACCUGUCCCUCCUCCCUCCUACCCAGGUUCCUUCUCAGUGGUGAAACUAAAAGUAGAGAGUGCCAUGGUGCAAGAAGAUGGGACAAAAGGUAGAUCCCUAUCUGCCGUACAACUCCUACAAUGCUUUGUCAGCUGGGGAUCUUCCAUUUGCCCAUCCUUGCAGGGUUGUAUUUAACACUGAGCAGUGUUUAUGUAUUUGAAUGCAAGCAUAUGUUUGUAUGAAGCAUGUGUGUUUGAAUUUAGAAAUGUAUUUGUGUAUGGUGUUGUGUUGUGUGUUUGUAUCUACUGUUGCCAUUUUAUUUUUAGUGAUUUACUUGAGUGCAGUGUUUGCCUUUGACUGCAGAGGUGUGUCUUCAUGUAGUCUUGAUGAUGAAUGCAGGGGUGUACUUUGUGUAGCCUAUGUUUUCUGAGAAGUUUAAAAAUGCCCCCCUCAUUAUCAAUAUGGCCCCCACCCGCCGCGCAGGGGUGGGGGCCGGGGGGGGCAGUAGGUCCCCCCCUCAUUAUCAAUAUGGCCCCCACCCGCCGCGCAGGGGUGAGGGCUGGGGGGGCAGUAGGUCCCCCCCCCCUCAUUAUCAAUAUGGCCCCCACCCGCCGCGCAGGGGUGGGGGCCGGGGGGGGCAGUAGGUCCCCCCCUCAUUAUCAAUAAGGUCCCCCUCCCUAUUAGUAUUUAGGGCCCCCACCGGGGGGGGGACGACCAUUUUUUCUUUUUAAACAGUGAGCAGCCACAGGCUGCUCACUGUUUAAUAAACAUGCCCCUACUCGUGGUAUUGCGAGUAGGGGCACAAUUUACUAAUACUAAGUAAUUUUUACUUAGUAUUAGUAAAUUAAUAGGGGGCGGACCGAACAUCGCAUAUGAUCGCCGUCCGUGGCGAACGCGAACACGCUAUGUUCGCCAGGAACUAUUCGCCAGCGAACCGUUCGGGACAUCACUAUACACAGACAAAUAGAAGAGGUAGAGAGACCUCACUUAAUCUCUACUGUGUAAUCUUGAGCCAUUCAUUGUUGUCUUUGAUAAUAAUUCUGUCUCAUGUAUCCACCUGUUAUGGAUUCUCGAAGUUCCCAAAAAGAGAAGAAGCAAUUUUUUCUUUUGUGGGUUUGUUUCCUGGGUUGAGAGAAACAAAAAAAGGAUGACAGAUAACUCAAUAAAACGCUAAUUAUGUCCCAAAUGUAUUAAAUUAAUUUAUGGCACAAGAAUAAAAAAAAUGUAAAAAGUUUUCAUUAGACUCAAGAUAAUUACAAAAUCUGUCUUAUGAACGGACGAAGAUUUUAGAUAUGGUCCCCUGUGGUACAUGGUUCUUCUCACAAACUCCUUAUUUGGUCUUAAGUUCAGUGUCCUCAUUACUUCCAGAUGUAGAAUGGAAUGGAUUACAAUUUUUGUAUCUCAAUGAAGGAGAAAUUAUCCAGAUGGAAUUUUGAUAGAUUUCUUGUAACUUUUUUUCCUUAAAAAUGAGCCAUAGUUAAUGAUCUGAAACCACACUGAAAAGCAUAAGCCAUUUGAAUGUAUUCCAGUUCCUUUUACGUACAAAGGCUGGGAUUUAAUAAAGAUAUUGGCUUCCUGACACACUACCAGAAAUAAUAAACUGUAGCUAGCUCUCGCAUUCCUUGAAAUGGUGUACUUCUAUAUUAUUACUUAAGCUUUAAUAAUGUACUGUCAGCUAGAAAAUACUGGCAAGAUGCUGUACAUGUUCCUGAAGAACACACCCUUUUUUAAUAUUAGGAUUUCACAUUUUAUUGCAUGUUCUUGUUUUAUAGUGUGGUUGCAGUUCCACAAAGUAAAUGUGGCUUUCCAUGAAAAAUGUGGCAGUAACGGCAGUGCCUACAGUUAUGUGAACAUUUGACCUUAUUGCUUUAAAUUUUCCAAAAAAGUGUUUUGUUGUGAUUUUAAAAUGCUGACUAUGUAGUCAGUGGUUAAGUGCAAUUUUCCAUUCACAAUAUGAACCUGAAUUACUGAGGUCAUAUUCUUCCAUUAUCUUGUAUUAGAUAGGGAGGAGGUGAUGCAAUUUACCUAACUGAUAGCCACCAUUGCUGGCAAAAAUGAAAAAUGUGUAAAUUAGAUUUUCAAGGCUUUCGAGUGUGUCCUGUAAAAUGGUCAAAUAUUCAUUUAAAAUGGUUGUAGAUAGUAAUUUUAAACGUAAUUCUUUAAAUAUUUGAUCUAUUGUGUUAGUAUAAAAGUGAUUUGCAGAUAUGGGGGAAGAAUUAAAAAGCCCUAUUCUAGGGCUACAUGUGCCAAAUUAUGACAUUUGAAUUUACAUAUCUAAUCUCUUGUGCAUGUGCAUGGCCUCUGCAACUAAACCUUGCUUCCAUACAUAAAACUAUCCACAUGCAACUUUAUAAGUUAGUCAUUUUAAGCAUAGAAAAUUCAUCUGCAGGCUGAGACACAGAGAAAUCCACUGGUAAAGCAAAGAGUAACAGUGCCCGUCCCAGGGACAUUUUGCACAGGCAAUCUAUUCUGUGGGUUUGCAUUACAGGAUCAAUGGGCCAUCCAGGGUCGGAUUAACAUAGGGGCUGAUGGAGCUACAGCUCCAGGCUCAUGCCCAUAGAAGAGGCCCAUUGCUAAAAAAAAAAUAUAUAUAUAUAUAUAUUUUUUACUACUCUACAUGUGGAUGUAUGGAAACAAAAUGUGUGCGGACUGGCUGACAAUGAAAUUAGUUAAUGUAAAGCUCUUGCUGCUUCAGUCUCUCUAACUCUGUGGCAUGUUCAUUUUCUUCUACACCCACUACAUACACUUUUUUUCUGUCCCAGACUAUAUACCAGGAGUUUCUCCCUGCUAGUAAGAAGGUAAGGAGAGGAGUGGACAAGUGAGUGCUAGGGGGCAGUCCUUAGAAAGCACGGAGCGAGCACAUCAUUAGAUGCAUUUAUGCCAAGCUCAGGGUGCUGUCUGCAUAGUAUUCCCGUAGUUGGCCAGACUGCAUGAUUGGCAGGCAGCCUGACCUGCAUUCAUGCCAGGCUGACCUAAUUCCUCGGGCAGAUUUUUUGGGGCAUGUUUGCCCCUUUGGCAGUUCUGGUUACAAGAUUCACGUCAGUGGUACCCCGCCCACCGCUGUUAGGGGGUAUGGAUGUACAUGAAAGAUGAAAACGAGACAUUAGCAUAGGGUAUGUGUUUUAUUAAACCUAUAUCCUGUAAGUUUCCCUCCAGCACCACCUCCACCAGAUACAUCUGUGAAUAGCAAUGAG